UUCGCAGAGGUGUGACCCGGUGGUUUUUAACGUUACAGCUGCUGUGCAAAGAUGAUCAUCCCCGUCCGGUGCUUCACCUGCGGCAAAAUAGUCGGAAACAAGUGGGAAGCCUAUCUCGGCCUUCUGCAGGCGGAGUACACCGAGGGAGAUGCCCUGGAUGCCCUUGGUUUGAAGAGAUACUGCUGCCGCAGAAUGCUCUUAGCCCAUGUGGAUCUGAUUGAGAAGCUUUUGAAUUACGCACCCCUGGAGAAAUGAAAUGAAAAAAGUACCAUGCUGCAAGCCAUGUGGAACAUCUCCCUCAUUCUAAACUUGAAAGUGGACUUCAGGCAAGAAAGGAUGAAAGCCACCUGUAGUGCAACCACUGGGAGAUGUUUAUCUUCUGGAGAAAAUACUGCCCUGAGCCACUAACCUCUCAAGGAAACAAAGCAAAGAUGUAGUCCACUUAACCAAGAUUUGAAGCUUA